UUGUGUGAGCGUUGUGCAGUGGGGUCCGCACGUUUUUCUCUUUUCUCAGUGCAGUUGUGCAUGGUUUUUGUAGGUAGUGUCCCAAACUGACAACAUGUCUCAAGGGGCCCCUUCUGACGAAUUUUCAAAUUCAGAACCCCGUGCACACUCCAUCUUUUCACCGUUCAGUUUUGUGUCGCUGUUCAUCGAAUUGCUGGUGUUAUUCCACCGGGUGGCAGUCGCUGUGCUACGGGGGUGUUUCCGCUUCGUCUUCCCGCGAGCACCCAAGAAUAUUGUGGGUCGCAAUGUCCUUGUCACGGGUGCUGCCAACAACAUUGGCUGCAUGCUAGCCUGGGAAUUUGCUCUGCGCGGUGCCAACUUGAUACUAGUGGACCUAGAUGCUGAAGGCUGUGUCAACCUUGCCAGUGACAUCCAAGACAUUGGCCAAGCAGUGAAAGUGUACAAGUGUGAUUUGACAAAAAGGGAAGAGAUAAAUCGGGUAAUGUGUGAUAUCAUGCGAGAUGUCGGUAAGGUGGAUAUCUUAGUGAACAAUGCAGGUAUCGUCAGUGCCAGGAGACUUCUAGACUGCCCUGAUGCUGUUAUCCAGAGAGUUAUGGACCUCAACAUCAUGGCUUCAAUUUGGAUGACAAAGGCCGUGCUGCCGGGUAUGCUGCAGAGGAACUAUGGUCACAUCGUCAACAUCGCCUCCUUGUCUGGAUACAUCGGGAUCGGAGGCCUGGUUGAUCUGAGCACCAGCAAGUUUGCCUGUGUGGGCUUCUCAGAGGCCUUGGACCUAGAGCUGAAACAGAUCAGGAAGGACAUCAAGGUGUCUGUGGUGUGCCCCUCCCUGCUGGACAGGGGUAUGUUUGAAGGGGCCAAAUCAAGGUUCCCGUCUCCCUUGAAGCCCCAGUAUGCAGUCAGCGAGAUCAUGCGAGGUGUCUUGACGGAUAGGGAGGUCAUAUUCAUUCCAUGGUACAUGCAGUUCACACCCAUCUUCAAAGCGAUUCUACCAGUUGGCGCAUUCAGUGCAUUGUUGGAUUUCUCCACUGGCAUGGACAUCAUGAAGAACAUCAAGGGCUCCAGGAAAACCAGCCUACUGUAGCACUGUCAGGGUGUGGUCCUUGAUUAGGGUGCAGUCCUUCACCAGGGCGUGGCCCUUCAUCAGGGCGGGGACCAACAGGGUCCACUGGGCAAGAUCCUUACAAUGAACACAACCAGAGAAUGUCGCUGAAGUACACCUGUCUAGGGUGUGGUCAUCAGCGAUUGACUUGAUAAUUUAAGUCACUGCAUUCGAACAGUCAAAGGUUUUGAUUGUCCUAAAGACCACUCCCUAGUACGUAUGGUCCAACUUUAUCAGGCAGCCUGUUCGAUUACUUCCCUUGCAUUUACCUGUGGUGUCAUCAUAGGUUUAGAUCUGCAUGCACAAUAUGCAGUAAUAAACAAUCCCGGGAUACUUGGAGUUCCUCAACGAGGACAAGAAGUCACUCAUCAAUUGAAUAUGCAACAUGAAUAUGAAUUAUUUCCCGCCUUUCUUUCACAGAGCCUUGUUGACUCAAGCCAACUUGCCAAAGCAUUCAUGUAUUCUUCUGAAUUAUUUACAGUGCCAACUUUCCUUGCAUUGUUCGAAUUAAGCUGGCACAUUUUUGCAUAAUUAAUUGUGGGAUACUUCCCAAGUAAUCUGCUUGACAGGUUGGUCAUUUUGGGCCAGAUCCACGUACAUGUAAGUGCAAGGGGUCACACAGGGGAAGUAAUUGCUGCCCAGACUGCACUUGCAGUGUCAUUUACAAAGUCAGGGUGCCUUAAAAGAAACUUUGUGUCUUAUCAAAUCCAAAUCAUCUUAACCACUUCAUGCCGGGGCAUUUUUCAAUGUUGAUGAUGCUGGGCCGGCAUGACUAUCAUUUUUUCC